AUGGUGGGGAAGAAUGAGGAGAUAAGACCGGAGGACGUCGGGCUAAGGCCGGAUGGUGCCCGCUACUUCCAGGAAUUGGAUGAACGCGGCGCCCGGGGCACCCCGGCCAUCACAACCAAGAACCUGUAUGAGUGCGACACUUUCACGGUGGCCGCGUUCCUCCUUUCCCCAGGAAAGGUGAUGCCGCUCCACGACCACCCGCGCAUGACGGUGUUCAGCAAGAUCCUCAUGGGGUCGGCCCAUGUCACCUCCUACGACUGGGUGCAGCCUUCCCUCUGCUUGGAUCGACGCUGGUUGCUGGCGCAGAAGGUGCUGGACAAGGAGUUCACGCCGGAGUCCGGAGCCUGGGCCCUGUACCCAGACACCGGAGGCAACGUGCACCGGCUCGCCGCCGGCGCGGACGGCCCCUGCGCCUUCAUAGACGUCCUCUCGCCGCCUUACGGCUCGCCGCUGCAACAAAUCGGCGGCAGUUUUUACGAGGACAUGCCCUUCAAAAAGAUCCACCCUGCAGUUCCGAACCAAAUUAGCGAGGAACAGAAGGGCAAGCUGGCAUGGCUGCAGCAGAUCGGCGUGCCCAAGGACCUCAACUUGAUUACCUUGCAGAACCGUGGCCCGGGAAGCCAGUAG